AUGAAGUCCUCUUUCCUCUUUGGGCUGCUCACUACAGUAGCGACCUUUGCGACAGCCAAUGGCGAUAGUCUUCAACCUUACUCAAUCUACGCCUACGGUAUCAACGCGACCUUCAUCCCAUAUGGAGCGCGUGUAACCAGUCUGUAUGUUCAUGACAAGAACAAUACCCCCCGAGAUGUGGUCGUGGGAUACGAUGAUCCAGCUCAAUAUGUCGAAGAUACGGCUACCAAUCAUACGUAUUUCGGUUCAGUCGUUGGGAGAUAUGCCAAUCGAAUCAGAAACGGGACGUUCACUGUAGGUGACACCGAUUAUCAUGUGCCAACAAAUGAACAUGGGGGACAAAAUACUCUACAUGGUGGCUCUCAAGGUUAUGACGAUCGAAAUUGGACCCUGACUUCACACAAUACUUCCAGUAUCACAUUCAGUCUUAUGGAUCCAUCCGGAUAUCAAGGCUUCCCCGGCGCGGUCCUCACCCACGUCACUUACACUGUGACUUCACCACCUCGUUUAACCACUCGCAUAGUCUCCGUCUCGCUUGACUCUUACACCCCUAUCAUGCUCUCGACUCAUAUUUACUGGAAUCUGGGAGCAUUCCAAUCUCCCACUAUUCUAAAUGACACUUUGCAUCUGCCCUUUGCAGACCGAAUCAUCGACAUUGAUUCAAUCUUGGAUCCUACAGGGGGACUUUCUUCCGUCAAACUACCUUGGCAGUCACCGUCUUUGCCGCUGAACUUUACAGAGCCUAAGCAAAUUUACGAAGGAGCUCUUUACUCUCAGCAGUGCGGGGAUGGUUGCACUAGUAUCGACAACGCUUUCAUACUCGACAGACCGCCGUAUAGCUCAACGGAAGAUGCCUCAGCACCAGCACUUCAGUGGACAUCUGCCGAUUCCGGUAUCACCAUGACAAUGAAGACCAAUCAACAGAGCUUGCAGCUAUACAGCUGUGGUGGGCAGAAUGGGACUAUCCCUGUGAAAGCUAGUCAAGGCAGUGGGUAUGUCGAGAAGUAUGGCUGUCUGGUCAUCGAGCCGCAACAAUGGAUUGAUGGCAUUAAUCAUCCUGAGUGGGGCCAGGACGAUAGACAAGUGUUUGGACCUGACUCUCCACCUCAGAUACUUUGGGCAUCAUAUGAUUUUACCACCAAUUAG